CAUAGCCACUAAAACAAUAUGAGAACCAAGCCACGGCUGAACAAUCAACGAGAGGCGAAUUUCUACUGGUUCUAACGUUAUAUAGGAAAAGUUGGGGACCCAAAGUGAGAUAUACUGUCUAAAAUCCUUAGUCAAGAGCCAAUCAUCAUCAGAGAGAGCUGUUUGAAAACGCAGGAUGAUGGCGUCGAACACAACAAAAGUCAUCAACGUUUGCCCAGUGUGCCUGGAUUCCAAACCACUAAAGAUAGUUGGCCGAUGCAAGCACUGUUUUUGUACUGAAUGCAUCUUGAUCACUCUUGGAAGCCAUGAAGGUGACGAGUUUCCCUGCCCGACGUGUAAGGUGGAGUGCCCUCGCCCAUGGGACGGUGUCAACGGCAUGGUCGAUUUCACCGGGUCGGCUGUGGACAUAGCAGACGUUUGGCCCACGCUCAUCCAGGAGAGGAAGAGAGGUUUAGGAAAGGUCGAAGAUAUGGGUAUUGGCGUGCCAGUUGAAAGGGCAGUGAUUGGCAAGGGAAAGGAGGUGCGUGAACAAGAUGACACUUCGCUGGAUGUCAAGUGUAAGAUCUGUCAUCACAAGAAGAAGGAUGUUCAGGCUGUCAAUCUGUGUGUCAGAUGUGGCAAUCUGAAUAUUUGUCAGGAUUGCACAGAAGUUCACGGAAGGAACAAGGCAACACGAGAUCAUAUUUUGAUCAAUUUAAGGCCUGGUGGAACCAGGUGCGAACGUCACGACUCCCUGUUGAAUAGUUAUUGCAACGAAUGUGCGAUAGCUGUGUGCAUGGUGUGUGUCAAUCUAGAGCACGGAGACCACACAAUCGAAAACCUAGAGGACGCUGCAGAAAAAAAAGGAAAUGCAUUGAAGGUCAUAUUAGAGGAAAAGCAGGUGAAAAUGAAUGCGGUUACAGACCUGAAGUACAAGCUGAUGGCAAUUCAAGAGAUAGCCUCCAAGAGAGACAAGCAGGAUACAUUGGUCAAGGAAAUAGAGGACCAUGCCGAAGUGUGUAUCAGCCAGAUCGUAAAGUGGAAAGAAGACUUGAAAACACAAGUGAAAACAGUCUACAAGACAAAUAGAGAAAUUCCAGUCACUUUGGAAAAGGUGUCCAAAACGAUUGGAAAGCUUCAGGUGCCAUUACAAAGAGCAAGUACACUUCUGUCCACAAACGAAUGUCACCAGGGACACAUAGACAAGCUGGCUGCACAGCAGAAGGAACUAGAAGCUCUUUCAGAUGCGGGGGAUGACAUAGAUGGCCUGUUACGACAGAAUCGACCCCAUCAACUACAUCUUUAUAACUGCAGUUUCGUUCCGGAGCAAGUGACCUCAUGUUUGGGGAAGGUAGUAAGUUCUGAAGUCAACUUCCUAUAUCCAAAAGAACACGAUCCGACAGAAAUCUUCAAAUAUAUCUAUGAAGAUAGUUCCAACAACACAUUCAUUCCAUUUGUAGCUAAUCUCGGCCAGAAGUUCGCAGUUACCAAACCAACGAGAGGAGAGCCAGCAGUAGCCAUCGACAUAUUUGAAUUCCCGGGCACCCUAAAACACACCUUCAAGGAUCACGUCCCCCCGCUGUAUGACAUGUCGUCCACUCCCGAUGGUAAACUUGCUGUACUUUCCAACGGUACAGGAGGCACUGGAUGCAGCGUCAAACUGUUUGAUCCAGACGCUGGUUACAUCAGCUCCACCCGUGACAUCGACAUAACAGAACCACUUUCCCUUGGUGUGACCCUACAACACCAGUACGUCAUCCUUGGAGGGAACGAAGAGGGGCAGAAAAUCCUUACUGUGGUUGAUAAGGAUGGAAAUUUGAAAUUGAAACACGUAAUUAAGGGAGUCAAACGACCCAGGAGGGUAACAUGCGGUGGAAGUAUCAUACAUGUCGUAGGAGACAGCAGAGCAUCUUUUGAGAUAACAGGUGGGGAAAUACAUCAAAUAACACACGCUGGUGAUCGCAUGAUGCGCUGUUACAUAGAUUGCUCAGCAACAAUAUGGGAUGAUGUUUUUCUGAUUUACAGCCAUGGGAAUGACCUGAUGUUGAAUAUAUGGAAAGUGGACAAACUUGUUUAUGAUCCGUUUUGGGGUGUCAGGCUUUGCACGGGCGAGACAGAAGCUGACAAGGAAGCAAGGAUCUCUGUGAGGGAUGGCCACAUUGUUGUGUCGCAUGGUCAAACAGUUCGAGUGUAUGCAUUCAAAUAUAAGUAGAACAACACUAAGGCCACAUUUUUUUAUUUGUUGGAUUACGAAUCCGCCGGGGGUCAUUUUCCUGAAAGUGGAAAAAAAUAAAAGUCCCGACGACCGUUUUUGACAGACUUUUUUUGCUCCCCGACCAUAAAAUAAAGAGAAAUGAACAAAUAUUAUUGCCGACGACCAAUUUCAACCAAUUUUUUAUUUUUUGGGUUCACCUUGCAUGAUCUGAGACUAAAAUGGAUAAAAAAAUAAGGGUGUUUUAAUCCUUAUUUCCCCCAUCCCACAUAGAUUUUGAGUCUGAUGGAAUGUGGUUUUUUUCUCCUGCUCCAUAUAAGUUUUGAGAUUGAAGAACAUUUUUUUUAAAUUUCUGGCCCACCCACAUUGGUUUUGGAUCUGAAAUAUCGUAAUCCAACUUAUUAAAAAAGUGUGGCCUAAGUCUUUAGAUGGACUCAAAGUGACGCUCUUCGGUUUUAAGGAAAUAAUGAUAUUUAGAUAACACUGUCAGCAAACAAUUUUUUUGACAUGCCAUCAAAGAAUUUAUAUUAGAAUUGGUGAACUAUGCAUACAUAUGUGUUCCAGAAUUCUGAAGUUGGAUACUCAAAUUGGUUUGUACAUAACUGCAUACAUUCAUUUGAAUGGGUCCCUACGUCAGUGGGCCUACAAUUACGAAUUUCCAACUUUUAUUCUAAAAAUUCUAGAUUUAUAGGCGAAAUGAAAAUUGACAUUAUGUUAUAUGCAUGUGAUUACCACCUCGCGCGGGAAAUUGUAAUUAAUUGGGAUAUAGAGACUCAAAACAUGCAUUACAUUUACAAAUAGGACUCAACUGACUGACAUCUCAGCCAUAAUAUGGGACGGUGUCUUUCUGACUUAUGUUUAUAAUGAUAGCCUUUGGCUUGAGAAGUGGGUAAUGGAUGAUUUGAGGAAUCCCCAGUGGUCUAGAAAAGCAUAUGCGCUCCUUCGUAAGGAAGUGACAAAGGAGAAAGAUGCACGAGUUUCGGCGAGAGAUGGGCAUGUGAUAGUGACCCAUGGACAAGCAGUCAGGGUCUUUCUGGCCGACUUCUUCUUCUCCAAUACUGACACUGAUUGAUUCAUAGCAUUCCGCGAAGAUGACGUCACUGCAGCUGCUGCCCUCUAUUUCCCCAUCGCUGAAUUACAGGCAAUGUCGGACAAACAUGCGGUUUCGUAAUGGAUUCAGGCUUUCUAACUAGGGCAGUUAGAUUCAAUCUGGCACAUGUCCGAGUGUUGGAAAUACUUCAUAAUUGUUCUGAAUAUUUCUCUCUCUGACUCUAUGGUAUCAUUCAUGCUAAAAACAAUGCAGGGUCAAAGAUAAUUGACUUUGAAAUAAGCUCAAAUGCGUAGAAAUAAGUGUCGAUGUCCGACUGUCACGUGACUAAAACGUCAUCAAUAUCUUAUGCAAAUGACCUUGUGAGCUAUAAAUAGUAACGUCGCAGAAUGCUAUUGUUCUGCCUAUACAUGUACAUGUACAUGCACAUUGUUUUAAAUGUACUGCUGAAUUUAACUGUAUUCAAAACGAGUAAAAUCAUGAUAGCAGA